GUUGCGCAUGUUCAGAACCAUUGCCACAGCUAGCUUCAUCCGGGUAGCAUCGUCGAGGAGCUUUUCUGGUGUGGGGAGUGACCUUGCGUUCGCGGUGGUCAAGAGGGCACCACCGCCGUCCUCCGCGUGGAUUGGUCGUGCCUCUUACACCAGCAGCAGCUGCAGCAUCACCCCUCGGUCUCGCAUAGCCACCGUUAUUCGCCACAUGUCGUCCAACCCGGGAGGAGGGGAGGAAGAGAAGGCCAAGGCUGUCGCAGCAGCCGCCGGUGGCGGUGGGGGCGAGGCGACGAUCUUCGACAAGAUCAUCUCGAAAGAAAUACCGGCGGAUAUCAUCCACGAGGAUGAGCUCUGCCUGGCGUUCAACGACAUCAGCCCACAGGCGCCGGUGCACUUUUUGGUGAUCCCGAAGAGCCGCGACGGCCUGACGCAGCUCAGCAAGGCCGUCGAUAGCAACAAGGCGUUGCUCGGCCACCUCAUGUUCGUCGCUCAGAAGGUCGCCAAGGAGCAGGGUCUCGACGAAGGCUUUCGAGUGGUGGUCAACGAUGGGGUGCAGGGCUGUCAAACGGUCUACCAUCUCCACAUCCACGUCAUCGGGGGACGGCAGCUGAAGUGGCCGCCAGGCUGAGCUGCCCGAUUUCUCGACUUGCUUCGCGGUGGGGAAUCAAAAUCGCCGUGUG